AUGGUGUCUUUUCCGAGGUGGCGUUUGUGGAAAGGCUGGCCUUCACUGCAGAUCGAUCAGAAGAUGCUCUGUCAGAUGUUCAAAGGAUCGGUUCCUGUUGCCAUCUCUUUAGGCUUCUACCAAAGCACCGCUGUUUCCGAAGUCUACACAUCCUUGGGUUUCUUGGUGUCCAUAAUUGCCGUUGUUACAGUCAACGUCCUGCCCCGAGCCAAAUUGAUCGAAACAACUUUCAACAUCUGUCUUUUUACAGCGAUUGCCAUUCCAAUCACUAUGCUCUCCACAUGGUCAGGAAUCCAGGCAAGGCAACACACAGAUCCACAAAACCUAUACAAAUACAAUUCUUCGCAAAGCGCGGUUACUGGUAUUUGGCUCUUUGCCAAUAUCCUAGUGAGCAACACGCUACAAGCAAGAUACCCUGCCCUUCUAAUCCCCACAAUCCUCUACAACAUUUUCGUCAUCGUCCAAUACACGUCCUGCUCCCGGUUCCACACUUGGAUUCAGUGUUGGGACCUCAUAUAUCUUACUGCACGGUGUUACUACACCGGUGUUGCAAUUUCCUUUGUCAGCGGAAUGCUCAUAUAUCCUGUCACCUGUCGAACAGAGAUAUUUGAGGUCCAAGAAACCUUCCUCCACGCCGUUCGCGAUAUGCUUACUAGUGCUGGUGGAUUUGUACACACGUUGCAGGACAACCCGACAUUUCCUAGAGAACGCUUGGAUGGGACUUCUCAUAACGGCCUCGAACUGCGAAGACGGAUGAUCGAAGUUAAGAAAACAUAUGUCAAGAUGCAUGAAGAGCUCUCCAUGGCCAAGCGAGAGAUUGCGUGGGGGAAAUUGACUGCUAAAGACAUUGGUUAUGUCAGUGACCUCUGUCGCAGGAUCUUGAUGCCACUGAGCGGCCUGGGCCAUCUUCCAGACAUCCUUGGUCGAGUUCAGGAAAUCGGGGGAUGGCACCCUUACGAUUUCGAGUCCGAAGUGGAAACUAGUAAUGCCGGCCUCGAAAGUUCUGCCCGAAUGGAUUAUUCACACGAACACGACAUGGUAUGGCAACACUGCAUUAACAUCCUCCUGGACUCUGCAAACAGUACCAACGAGCUCAUGAAAGACGGUCUUGAACAUGCAGGACUUCAGCUUGAGAUCGUACCUCGACCAGGAGCGAAUAAACUUUUCGGAUUCAUCCCACGUCUGUCCAAAUCAAAGGAGACGGAUAUAGAGUCAGAUGGGCAGACAAUUCGACCCGGCGGUUCGCGCUUUUCGGAAACUCUCGAGCAGGGACUAGGCCACUUUAUGGAGAGGCGAGUUGACGCUUUAAAUGCGUGGGCGAACAGCGAAGGACGGACGUCCUCUACAUCGGACGAGAUGACCAGUCAAGGUCGAUGCGAUUUCGAUGGCCAAGUGCGUUCUGUCCAUCUGCACAGGGAUCGACAACAAUUGUACCUAAUACUAUACAUCCAACACAUGAUUCAUAGCAUAGGCCUGGCAGUACUUGACCUAUCGAAAUUUUCUGAUGAUCUCGUGAACAAGGGCACGAUGUCACGAAACCGUCUCAUCAUACCUUCCACAAGGAGAAUAUGGAAUUGGUUUUUGAGCACGUAUGAUACGACGAAUACUCCAAUACCCGACGACGACAGAUCAAGCUCUAAGAACGAGACGCAUAUGUUGUGGUGUACAGCGAAUCAAAUUUCACGAGACAUCGAGCAUCUUCCACCUCGAAAUGCAUAUGAGCGACUAGGGCUCAGGGUACGAAGGUUCCAGACAAUUCUCCAAGGGCCUGAACUAAGCUUCGGAUUUAGGUCAGCAUGUGCAACCAUGUCGUGCGCAAUCCUUGCAUACCUCCAUCAGACUCAGGAGAUAUUUACUCAUUAUCGUCUCAUUUGGUCCGUCAUAAUCGCCGCAAUUGGGGGAAACAUGUCCGCGGGACAGUCUGGAGUUUCAUACGUCCUUCGUAUCCUUGGCUCAUUCGCGGCUUUGAUCAUCUGCUACGCUGUAUGGUACAUCCCUAACGGAGAAGUUCCAGGUGUCAUCGUCAUCAUGUGGUUCGUAGCUUUCCUACAGAUGUACUUCUUGCUCAGAUGGCCGCAGUACAUCAUCGGAUGGCUUGUUAUCUUCAUUACCGAAGUGCUUACAAUCGGCUACGAGCUUCAGGUCGCCAAGAUCGGCGUCGCAGCUGCCGAAUCAGGCGGUAUAUACGUCUUCCCUCCGUAUUACGUGGCUGCAUUACGUGUAGCUUGUGUGUUAUGGGGCACAUGUGCAUCGAUUUUCUUCACGUACCUCCCAUACCCUAUUACCGCGAGAGGACUGCUUCGUACCCAGAUAUCAGUCAUCAUGGAGCUCCUUGCCAACUAUCACGCUGUUGUCCACGCUACCAUAAGAUCCAGACUUCGCGGUACCGAAGGCGAUGCGAACAACAAGCAUAGUCAUGGACAUAUUUUAUCACACACACGAAAGGCCAUGUUCAACAAGAUUAUCUAUCUCGACUCUCGGGCUAUUCACAAUAUAUACUUACAGAAGUAUGAGCCGAGCUUAGGCGGGCGGUUUCCAGUCGUAACUUUUCAGAAGAUUCUGUCACACCUUAUGCUGAUUCAAAUCCCUCGAAAUAGUCUCCUCGAAUAUGUUUCACUACUAUCCCAUGCGACCCAGGCCUGGUCGACCAACACCUCAGAUGCAGCACAGCUCUACCAUACAUGUGACAGGAAGUGGCUCGAAGAUCUUUCAAAACUGAUAGGGCCCCUCAACGCAACUGUGGAGAGCUCGACCUCUGUGCUCUGCCAACUUUCAGCCACAAUCUCAACUGGUCGGUCAUUACCACCUCGCAUUGAAUUGCCGAAAGCAUAUCACCUCUCGGAAAAGCUCAGGGGACUCGAUCCUGAUAUCCUGAGUACUUUGUAUAUGAAGGAAGCUGGAUACUCCGCGUUUGCGGUCAUGGAGAUACUCUCUAACAUGAUCACAUCUGAUCUCGAAGUUCUGGUAGUUGAGAUCGAGACUUUGGUUGGUGUGAUUGAUUUCACGAAGCUGGACAGCGACCACACGCGAAAAUCUCAGUAG